GCCAUAUACUUCUACAUAAUGGCUAUAUUAGACAACUCAUUACCCCCUUUCUGAUCUAGCUUGCAAAAUAACCCGGCAGACCCCUAGCACUCGACGUCUCGAAUCUGUAGUCAUGGUUCACCUACCCACCGAUCGGGACGAACUACGCCGUCGCGUAUCCAUUAGUACACUUCCAAGGUUAACUCGAGCGGGUACAUUCGAGAUCGAAAUACGUUAUUUCAUGAAGCACGUCCGCCAUCGAGCCCGGAAAUUUGAGAAACUCUGCAAGAGGCUUGCUAGCGUUAUUAGUGGAAUCCUGAAAUAUCUCGCGUUCGCUCCAUACCUUCCUUGCGUAUGCUUCUUCAUCCUGGCAGACAAAUUCGGAACGUCUACGGAACACGAAUCUAUAGAAGAGACUUUGGACGAAAUUAUCUAUAUUGCACAUCCAGAAUACCUUAGCGAUGACAAUUUCAAUGUAGUGAUUAUAGAAACACGGGAGGUUGAAGGCUGAAUGGCGAAGCUUAAAACCUAAAGGAGACAACCGGCUAUCUCGAGCUUCAAAGCAAUGCUAUUCUCGCUCUAAGAGGUCCAAUGAGGACCCAAAUGAGGAUUGGUACGGCAUUGAGGGGCGGGAGCUUGGUCGCGCUCAAGUAUAUGUUAUUACGAUUUUGAUCUCAUAGGGAAGAAACGAUGCGCUAGCUCCUACGAUAUAAACAUGGGCAACUAUUUCUCCGACUUUUCU